AUGGUGGUCGGCAAGCUCGCAAUCGGCCUCAUAGCCUACAUGGCUUUCAAGGCUUACACAAAGCAGAAGAAGCAACAGCAGCAGCAACAAGGUGGCGGCGGUGGCAUGGCGCUCAUCGGCGGCGCAUUGGGCGGCGGGGCAGCCGCAUACGGCGCCCAACAGUUCAAUGGUCCGAGUCCGGAACGACAAAUGAUUCUAGAUAUAUUGCGACAGUGCGUGCAAGAUCAGAACAUCCAGGCGUUCUAUCCCGACCCGAGGACGCUCGAGGCCAUUGCGGACCGGAUCAUCCAGAGCCGUGCCGUCGAGCGCAUCGAGUCCCAGUUCCAGCUUAGAACCGGACGCGCACUCGACCUCGUCCAGAUUGCGCUGUUUGAUGUCGUGCUUCUUAUCGACGACUCGGGGAGCAUGAAUGACCGCGCGGUCGGUAAAGACAAGAGCCAGGGAACGCGCAUAGAUGAGCUCAAGCGCUUGCUCGACCGCGUCGCGUUCGCAUCAUCCCUCCUUGACACCGACGGGUUCUCCAUGCGCUUCCUGAACGCCAAAGACGCGCCCAGCAAUGUGCGCGACGCCAACCAGGCGCGCAAGAUUGUCGACCACCUCACUUUUAAAUGCACGUUCUGA